AUGGAUGUAAAAAAUUUAAGAAGUGAAUAUAUUCUAGAAGAGGAAAAUAACGUUUUUGAAGAUUAUAAAUCAUAUAUAAGUGAUAGUGUUGAAAAUAAAAGCAUAGAUUUUAAAAAUGAUUUAUCUUCAAGUUAUAGCAAAAAUAUUAACGAAGAAUAUGAUGAAGAGGAGGAAAAAGCAGAAGGAGAAUUUAAGGUGAAUAAAUAUGAAAAUAAAAAUGAAGAUAAAAAAGAAGAAAAAAUAAAUGAUACAACCAAUGAACAAUGUGAUAAUAUAAAAGUCGACAAAAAAAAAACAACUAACUUAAUAAAUUUAAAUGUGGAAGAAAAUAAAUUACAAGAAGAAAAAUUUAAUGAUGAUAACAAUAAAAUAAAUAAAAAUACAACAGUUAAUAAAAUAUUAGAAGAUUUAGAAGAUAAAAAUUAUUCAAUAAAAGAAAAAAUGAAAGAAGAUCCUUGUUAUGUUCCUAAAGAAUCUGGAUAUUUUUUACAUGAUAAUAGAUUUGAAAAUAAUGAGAAAAAGCCAUAUGAUAAAAAAGCACAAAAAUAUAAAAAUCAGUAUGCAGAAGAAAAAAGAUGGAAACAUGAUUUAUUUUAUGAUUAUAAGUAUGAUGAUUAUGUAAAAAGGGAUAAUAAAAACCAUAAUAAAACAUAUCAUAAUAAUAAUAAUAAUAAUAAAUAUUAUCUAUCCAAAAAUAAACAUGAUAACAAUAAAAAAAAUGAUUAUAAUUUUUCAUAUAAAAAUUAUAAAGAACGUUAUUAUUAUGAUAAAGGUAAUAGAAUAAAACAAAAUAAUUCUAUGACCUAUUAUAAACAUUAUAAUGAUAUAAGAACAAAACUAGAAAUAAAAAGAGAAACACAUAUUAAGAAUGAAAAUGAUAAUAAAAAAGAAAAAGUUAAUUUUAUUACUAUGGAUAAUAAAACCAAUAAUAAUACACAAAAGAAGAAACAUAUGAAGGAAACGUUAUUAAAAAAAAAUGACGAUCCUCAGAAUGAAAAAAUUACAGAAAAAGGGAAUGAAAAUAAAAGUACACCUAACAACAAAGAAAAAGAAAUAAUUUUAAAUGGGGAUAUAGUAAUCGAAAAUAAAAAAGAGGAAGAACAUGAAAAUAUAAAAAACGGAGAAGAGAAAUGUAUAAAAAAUAAUUUAAUACAUGAACAGGAAGAAAAAAAUAUAAAUGAUUUAUCAAAUAAAAAUAUGGAAGCCAGUAUAAAAGAUGUACCAAAUAAAAAAGAUGAACAAAAAAAAAAUGAAGAAUUAAAUAAACAUCUUACAAAUGAUAAAACAAAAAAAUUGUUAAACGAGAAAAAUAAAGAAGAAGAUAUAUAUAAAAAUAAUAACAAAAAUAAUAAUAAAAAUUUUGUGAACUCAUAUAAAUCUCAAAAUUAUUAUAAUAAUAAUUCCUUAAAUGAUAAAUAUACAUCACAUAAAUUUGAUGGUACUAGAUUUGUAUAUUUAAAAGAUGAACACAAUCAUUCUAAUAAAUUGUUAUAUAAUAAAUUCACUUUGAAAAAACAUUAUACAUAUGAAGAUAAUUAUAAUAACAAAAAAAAAUUGUAUUCAUAUAAUACUUUUGACGGAUCAGAACAAACAAGAAGGAAAGGAUAUUCAAUUAACAAAAAUAAAGAGAGCUCAAAAAAUUUGGACUAUAAAAGAAUACAUACUAGAGAAAAUAAUAUUACCAAUAAUUAUUCAAAUAAAAAUUAUAGUAGAUCAAAUAAACUUUAUGGAACAACUGCACAUAAUGACACAAAGAAAUAUAGGUCUUCAUCGAGAAAUUAUAGAAAUGAUAAGUAUAUCUUAAGAAAGGAAAAUUAUAAAAAGGAAUAUAAUAAUAAUUUAUAUGAUGAAGAGGAUAAUAGAAGUGAUAAAUAUAGAAAUGAUCGUGGUGUAAGGGAUAGAAAAAAAGAUUUUAGAAAUGUAGAUAGAGAAAAGGUACAUAUAUACAAAAGUGAAGACAAAAAUGAACAGAAAAAAGAAGAUAAAUAUGAUCGUAAGAAGGAUGAUAAAUAUGAUCGUAAGAAGGAUGAUAAAUAUGAUCGUAAGAAGGAUGAUAAAUAUGAUCGUAAGAAGGAUGAUAAGUAUGAUCGUAAGAAAGAUGAUAAGUAUGAUCGUAAGAAGGAUGACAAAUAUGACCGCAAGAAGGACGAUAAAUAUGAUCGUAAGAAGGACUAUAAAUAUGAUUAUAAAAAGGACGAUAAAUAUGAACGUAAAGUAGAUGAUAUUAAUGAAAAUAAAGUAGAUGAUGUAAAUGAACGUAAAAUAGAAGAUAAAAAUGAAAAUAAAAUAAAAGAUACAAAUAAACAUAAAGUAGAAGAUGCAAAUAAAUGUAAAUUAGAAGAUAUAAAUGAAAGUAAAAUAGAAGAUAUAAAUGAAAAUAAAAUAGAAGAUAUAAAUAAAACAAAAGAUACAAAUAAACACAAAAUAGAAGAUAGAAAUGAACCUGAUAUAGAUCAUAAAAAAGAACUUAAAAAUGAACGCAGAAACCUUAAUAGAGAUGAACGAAGAAAAGAAAAUAUUGAUGAACAGAAAAACGAAAAUAGAAAUGGAUAUAAAAUAAAAAAUAACCAUUAUAACAAAAAGGAUAGUGAUAGUAGUAUAGUUAUGAAGAAAGGAAAUAUAUACAAUACACGGAAUAACAGAUAUACGGAAAACAUUUCAGAGAAAGAAAAAGUUGAAAAAAAUAAUAGAAAUGAAUUAGAUAAAUAUAACAAUUCUAGAAACACAUCAAAGAAAUAUCUCAACAAAUCAAAAGAUAACUAUUUCCAAAAUAAUAAAUAUGUAAAGAAUAAUACAGAUAUACCUAAAAAUUUCAAAACUCUUAAAAACACUAAGGAAAAUUAUUAUAAUGAAGGGGAUGAAAAGAAGAAUAAUAUAAUCGGAACACAUGAGAAAGAUAAUAAAAAUUUAAAUGAUGUAUGUGAUUCUAAUGUUCGUAAUAAUAUAAAUAAGAAAAAUGAAAAAAAUAAUAUAAAAAAUGGUAAUAUGAAUAAAACAUGUUAUAAUAAUGAUGUUAAUAAUACAGAUAAAAUGGGAAAUAUUAACAAUAAGGAAAACAUUGACAUUAUGAAUAAUAAUAAAAAUGGUGAUAAUAAAAAUAUUAAUAAGGAUUCUAUGAAAGAGAAAAGCUAUAAUGAAAAAUUAUCAAAUGGUAUGCAUGCAAGCAUGAAUGGUGAUAUAAAUAAUAAUAAUAAGAAUAAGAAUUACACUUUACAAAAUAAGAACAAUGUGACAGAUUUUAUUGAUACCAAAAACAAUAACAAUAAUAAUAUGGUGUUGAUGAAAAAUGAUGUAAACAAUUCCUUUUCAAAACAAUAUUCAUUUAAAGGACCAUAUACUCAUAUGAAAAAAAAAAAUCCCAAAGAGGAUAUGUUUAAUGAUACAAUAAAUAAUAAUAUGUAUGAAUAUAAAAAUAAUAUGAAUUAUAAUAAAAUCCUUGAUUAUAAUAACAUGACAAAUAUGAAUCAUCACAAUCAACAUCAACAUCUUCAUCCACCACCACCACCACAACAACAACAACAAGCACAUCUCCAAACUCAAACUCAUCAUCAUCCUCAUGCACAUCCUCAUCAAAUGUAUCAUGAUCAUAGAAAGAAUACUUCUAUAAAUAAUGACAAAAAUAAUUAUACAAAUGAUAAAGUUUGUUUUAAUUAUUUAAAUAAUAAUGUCUAUAAUAAUUAUUGUUAUGAUAAUACUUUUAUGGAUAAUAAUAAUUAUUAUUUUGAUGAUAAUAUGUAUCAAAGAAAUAAUAAUAAUUACAUAAAUGAAAAUCAUGCUUUUUAUAACAAUAAUCGAUAUAUUAAUCAUAUGAAUGACCAUUUUAUGAAUGCUAAUUAUAUGAACAAUAAUUAUAUAAAUGAAAGAAAUUAUUUAAAUGUUCCUCCUCAUAACUAUAUGAAUGAACCAAAUUAUAUGAACGACCAUAAUUUUGUAAACGAUCAUACAUAUCAAGCUGAUGGUAAUUUUAUAGGAAAUAAUUAUAUAAAUGAAAAUACUGCAUAUAUUAAUGAAAAUUAUAUACACGAUGCAACAUAUAUUAGUAAUAAUUAUAUGAAUGGUACUAAUAAUUAUUUUUAUGAAAAUAUGUAUCCAGCAUAUGACAAUGAAAAUUAUUAUUAUGCCGAUAAUAAAUUUAACAAACAAUAA